GCAGCGGCUCGCGACCUCCCUCCAUUGGGAAAGCUCGAGCGCGGCUGAGGGGAGAGAAAACAGACCCUGUUCGCCCUGGAAAAGCCUUCAAACCAGGCGUUUAUCGCAGACCAUGGAGCCGUAACGUCUGAGAGAAGACAUGUACGGAACCGGAGGAGGAUAAAAUGUCAGGUUCACCGAACAGAGGGAUUUUUAAAGCUCCGCUAAACGAGCAGCGGGAGAGGCUUGAUUAUUAGCGAGCUAACUGACGCUAACUAACGUUAAACUUCGAGCCGGAGAGAGAAUUUGCCUUUGGGAUUAAAAACCAGGAUAUACCUCCAGUUUUUCCUUUUUUUCCAUCACCUCCUAGAAGAUCCAGUUUAAUUUUCGCUGAGGAACGCGUGAAAUAAUCGCUUUGUUUACCGCUUGCACAAUUCCAGCAUUGAUUCGCGCAGAAAUGAGAUUAGAGAGUCGCUUUGUGAGGCAGGCCAUGAACCCAACCACAUCAUUACCCAGAGAUCUGCUUAUAUAAACUACACGUUCUGCUGCUGCUGUUGGACUAGUCCGCAAAGACGGGAGAUAUCGAGGUGUAAAAAAAGCUGCUGAUCAUGAUUUGCGUGUCAAGAAUCGGAUGAAAGAGCAUCGGGAUUAUUACGGUCUUCUUGUCGCUGUUGGGAUUUUGAGACGCGCACAAACACAGGAAUACGAUGUCGAGUGCGAAGGAAAACACGUGUAGGAAAUUUCAAGCGAACAUUUUCAACAAAAGCAAAUGUCAGAACUGCUUCAAGCCUCGAGAACUGCAUCUUCUGACGGACCAGGAUCUCAAUCAGGCCAAGCCGAUCUACGGCGGAUGGCUGUGUUUGGCUCCCGAGGGAACGGACUUCGACAAUCCCAUGCAGAGAUCCCGGAAAUGGCAGCGGCGCUUCUUCGUCCUGUAUGAACACGGCUGCCUGCGCUUCGCACUGGACGAGUCGCCCAGCACGCUCCCGCAAGGCACGGUCAACAUGAACCUGUGCAGUGACGUGAUGGACGCCGAGCCCCGGACGGGUCAGAAGAACGCGCUGGUCAUCAUCACGCCCGAGCAGGAGUUCUACAUCAGAGGAGACAACCGAGAGAUCAUCAACGGAUGGACUGAACAGCUCGCGGUUUAUCCCAGAACCAACAAGCAGAAUCAGAAGAAGAAGCGCAAAGUGGAGCCAGCGACCUCACAGGAGCCAGGCCCAGCGAAGGUGGCGGUGACCGGCUCAGGGAUCCCAGAAGCGGAGAAGACGCCCGACUCCAGUUCCAUCAUCUGGCAAGAGGAGCUUCAAAGCAGAGAAGCGGACGGUUCCCAGACCUGGAGCUCCGGUGAAAUACCAGCUCUCGGCUCACCGCUGCCCUCUGCAGGUGAAGGGUCGAUGAUGAGCCGCUGCUCGGAUCAGAGCUCAGUGAACGGUGAUGAGGUGGAUCGGAUCGGGCUCUUCCACUCGGCUCAGUCCCUCGACCCGCUGUCUCCCACGGGCAGCUCCUCCAGCCGGCUCAGCGCAGAGAUGGGGGGUGUCCCACGAUGCCUUUCACCUACGCCCAGCGACCCCUUCCCAUCAUGCAGCAGCCUGCUCUCCAACGGCUCACACAUCAGCGGGUCCAUGAGCUCGCUGGACUCAGACGCCAGCACCGAGAGCCACCCGACCGAAGCCCUCGCACGCUCACACCGAGCUCUGCCCCCCCGCAAGCCCGAGAAACGCAGUCGACUCCACAGUCCGGAGAGACAGGAGUGUGUGUUCAGCUCGGAGAGAAGCGCGAGCGGGCGGUCGAAUGUGAUCGAGAAGCUGGAGGCGCUGGAGCUGGAGAACGCCGAGCGCAUGGAUGAGGAGGCGAGCGCUGGAGGCCGACAGGGACGCAGCGAGACCAGACGCUUCACGCGCGAGGAGCAGAAGACGGACCCGGAGCUGGGUUUGGACUUCUACCACUCCAGCCUUCCUCCUCUGAGGAGAGCCAAGUCCCUGGACCGCAGGACCACCGAGUCCGUCAUGACCCCAGACCUGCUGAACUUCAAGAAAGGCUGGAUGGUGAAGCUCGAUGAACAAGGCCAGUGCAAGAAGUAUUGGUUUGUGCUGACCGAUCACAGUCUGCGAUACUACAAGGAUUCUAUUGCAGAAGAGGCGUCUGAUCUGGAUGGAGAGAUUGACCUCAGCACAUGCUAUAAUGUUACAGAGUAUCAAGCUCAGCGGAACUACGGCUUCCAGAUUCACACUCAAGAAGCGGUGCACACGCUCUCUGCCAUGACCGCAGGAAUACGGCGAAACUGGAUCCAAGCAGUCAUGAAGAACGUGCGGCCCUCCACGGCCCCAGAUGUUGCGAGCCUGGCGGUCGACCCAGGCUCGUUUGAGGGUCUCCCCCGGCCGGACCUCACUGCGGACUCCCCGUCCUCGGAGGCGUCAGUGGAGCGAGAAGCCGGAUUAAAGAAGAGCCGGGCGAGAGAGCGAAGGCGAGAAGGGCGGUCCAAAACCUUUGACUGGGCGGAGUUUCGUCCCAUCGCUCAGGCUCUGGCCCAGCAGAGAGCGAAUGAGUCCGACUCCUUCCAGGCGGAGCUGACCGAGCGAAACAAGAGGCGGGAGGAGCGCCGCCGGAGGUACGAGAGCGUCACCGGCUCGGCCUUCGACGGGAAGGCGGAGCCUGAUGGCGUGGGUGAGGGUGUGGCCAUGGGCGAGGCUCCGCCCCCAUCGGGGGAGCGACAGCAGAGGGUGGAGGACGAGAUCGAGCAGCGAUGGCAGCAGGUGGAGAAGACGCCCAUCAGGGACGAGAGGAGGGUGCCUUUGCCUUCAACUCAUCCCAGCCGAGACACCUCGGAGCUGGAGAAACUCGUGGAGAGCUACAAGAAAGGGGUUGAGGAGCUGAAGGUCCAGUUGGAGAGCUGCCACCAGCAGUUAAUGGACUCCAAUCGGCACAAGCUGGAGCUGGAGGGUCAGCUUAAAAACGCCUUUGAGCGUGAACACCAGAUCCGUGCCGGUUACAUUUCACCGCUGGAUUCCCCUUUGAGUCUUGAGACAGAGCCCCUGAUGAAGAGGACUGAACUGGCUACGUGUGAACGAGGCUUCGCUGCCAUGGAAGAGUCUCACCAGAAGGUAAUCGAUGAGCUGCAGAAAAAGCACCAGCGGGAACUGGAGAAACUGCAGGAGGAUAAGGAGAGGCUGCUGGCCGAGGAGACCGCAGCCACUAUAUCUGCUAUCGAAGCAAUGAAGAACGCACACCGGACAGAGCUGGAGCGGGAGUUGGACAAAGCGCGCAAGGCCAACAACAACACUGAAAACGCAGACAUCGAGGAAAUCCGCAAACAGCACGAGGAGGAGCUGAUGUCGUACCAGAGGGAGAUCGAGGUGUUAUCGGAGCAAUACUCUCAGAAGUGCUUAGAAAACGCUCAUCUGGCCCAAGCGCUGGAGGCCGAGAGGCAGGCGCUCCGACAGUGCCAGCGGGAGAACCAGGAGCUCAAUGCGCACAACCAGGAGUUGAACAAUCGCCUGGCCGCUGAGAUCACGAAGAUGCGGUCGAUGGCGAGUGAGGACGGUGGAGACGCGGGCGGAGGCAUGCAGGGGAAGGAGCUGUACGAGCUCGAGGUAAUGCUGAGGGUGAAGGAGUCGGAAGUGCAGUAUCUGAAGCAGGAGAUCAACUCUCUAAAAGAUGAGCUGCAGACUGCCCAAAGAGAUAAAAAAUAUGCAACGGAUAAAUACAAGGACAUCUACACGGAGCUGAGCAUCGUCCGGGCCAAAGCGGAGCGCGACCUGUGCCGCCUGCGCGAGCAGCUCCAGCUGGCCCACAAUGCACUGGGGGAGCCGGCGCUGGAGGACGUGGAGCACGCCGGUUACGAUAUCAUGAAGUCCAAGAGUAAUCCUGAUAUUUUAAAGAUGGCGGCGGCGGCAGCCAAGCGCUCCGAGCGCACCCUGAGGUCAAAGUCUGUGAGUCGUGACAUGUCCUGGGACAGCUAAAGACUAAACCGAAGACCUUUUGACUUCUGAUUUUAGAGUCUGAGAGAAGGACUGACGGCGGAACAGAGACUCCACUUGUUCGACAACAAGGACACGAAGGACUUCUGAGCCGCCGCCGCCGGCUGCACGCUAAUAACACACCGUAUUUUAGCCCAGUAAUUAAUCACUUAGAGACACACUGAUCACAGCCUAUAUUAAACAUGGUAUGAGUUUGAGUUGUACGUCUAUAGUCUGCACUUCAGUUACUGUGACGCUUUCGUUGUGUUGGUUUCCAUCGCCAUGUCUUAAUGUAAAUACUUUGUUUUUAAUGAAGCAUCUAUCAUGCGUACACUAAACACGACUGUGUGAGCUACUGUUUUAACUCUUUAGUGUGUGUGUGGAGUAAGUCGCCGCGUAACGACUCGAGCGCUCGCAUUAUUAACUCUGAAGGACCAAUAACGACUGUCAGACACACUAAAGUAUGAGCACGUGUCGUGAGUUGAUCGGGAGUUGUCGUGUUUCCUCAAGCUGAUUAAGUCUGUAGUGUUGGUUCAGUGGCAGUCCUUUGUAUUUAUUUAAAUAUUAUGAAUUUUUUGUCUCACAUUUCCAUUCAUCUAUACAUUAUUGUAAAUAUACUGCAAAUGUACACGAACUGACGACAGGUUUAUUAGCAAUAAAUAUUUUUGCACCCUCUU